CGCCCAGUUGACGAUAAUAAAGCGACUGAAAUUGGAUGAUAAGGUGUUGUAACAUUAUCAUAUUCCUGAGUAGUACAAGAAACGGAAAUUUCUCAAUGGGAAGUACCGGAUUUUUCUCGAAAUUGACUUCUCGUAUGAAAGAAACAUUCGAGCAUGGGGUAAGUCUCUGCAGUUACCAUCUGCGGCUAAUGAGGCAAAGUUUUGACCCAAUAUGGCUUAAGCUCUCGUAAGCGACCACCUAGGUUUGACAUUUAGAGUGGUUGCUUACGGGAGGUUCGACUGUAUCUUCUACUGAGUCCGCUAACUUCCAACCCCCUUCCCCCUCCUCCGGCCCCGUAUGUAAGCUUCCCUAGUUAUGUACGAAGACCUGUAAAAAUAAGCUUAGAACUUAUAACCUUCAUUUUACAGUAUUUUUUACGGUGCUUACCGAACGUUAAAGCUGAUAACAGGAUAGAAAUAAUAAAAUCAGAAUUGUCUCGACGUUUCGAUGUUGCUGACAUCAUUAUCGAGGUAAAAAUGACAUCGAAACGUCGGACAACCCUAAUUCUAUUAUUUCUAUUGACGUUUCUUAGCAAACCGCUAACAGGAUAGUAGGAAAGAAUUAUGCAUUCACACACACACACAAAUACAGUUUACCAGCUCCCUUCACUAUUGCAAGAACUGAAAUUUUAAAUGAUCCUUUUUCAGUCUCAGAUACCAAAGGGCUAUGAAGAGCAAAAUCCGUAUGUACCAUCCUACGGGACUAAAGCCAUUGAGAAACCAGCUGAUCGCCCCAGACCAUCCAAGGGCGCCGACACAAUUCAAGCUUGCUUGUACGAAAAUAUCCUGCAGGAAUAUUCCACUCUUGGUUUCUUAAUGGCUGGCAAGAAUUUCCCGGACCAGGAUUUAGUGUUUAAUGAUGCAAAGCUCCCUGCAUUUGAAGGUAUGUUUUAUCUCACCUAAAAGGAGCUAAUAAAAAAGAACCAGGGCAACUCUAUCGCUUGCUCUCCCCCAUUCACUUGAUAUGAACCGUAACAUUUUUAGAUAGUGAGCCGUGCCACGGGAAACUGACCAGUUUUCUCAACAUAGUGACCCAGGAACAUUCUCACACCUGUCUAGGAUUAGUUUGGUUCUUUUAUAUCAAGGUUAACACGAGUAUCUCUCUUCAAUCUUUCUCUCCUUCUUUCUCUCUCACUCUCUUCUUUUACCCCUUUCUGAUAAUAACAAUGUAUGAAAAAACUACGUGUAUCUGCUGCGUUACGGCAAAUUUUCAAGUUAGAAUAAACUUGAACUAAGAGUAUGUAUUCUGUGUCAAUUUUAGCAAUUCCUGAUCACGAAGUUCUUCCUCAGACAACAACAGUCCCGAUCCCUGCUCGUGUCUAUCUGAGCCAUGAAGAAUUGUCAGCUACGCCUGAUGAAAUUCUUCCCAGCACGCGGAAUCUGCCUUUUCUCCCUGAUUGUGUUACAUAUGAAGGUUUUCAUGAAUAUGGCUUUCAUUUAAUCAGAGUAGAUUCUGAAAAAUACAGCGGUUCGGUAGAGAGCUCAGACUCCAUACCAGAUUACAUUAGUUCCAUUAUUGGCGGUGACAAGUGUGUCGUUGUCUUCAAACAACUCCAUGGAGACACGACAUACCUGCCAGACCAAUCUGCUUAUGGUCGGGAUUUGUUUCACCAUCUUUCUGCCCGGUAAGUAUGUAAAUGAAUUCAUUUAUUCACAUGAACAAUUUGAGACCAUUUCCUUGUGGUAAAAAAACAAACCUGUGCCUGAUCUUAAUCUUAAGAUGACAUGAGAGGUCUUCCAUAUAACCAACUGAACUGAUUAAACGCUGUCAAAUUCUUCGCCUGUACUUACAGAACUUCAUGCGUAUAAUCCAGUUUUGAGCCUAUGUAUUCCUUUGUCCGACAUUCUUUUUCUCGCAAUCAUAAAUUAACUUGUCGAUGCAAAUUUGAAUUUGUUCUUCUUUUAAAUUGUCCACUCUUGUACUAAGAUUUUCGUUCAAAAAUGAGUCUCGAUUCAAAACUCGAAUGUUGAUUGGAUUUAUGCUUCACGUGAAUGUACAGGAUUGCAGGUUACGUCUCUUGGACAACACAGAUGUAACCAGUGGCGGAGAGACCCGGGGGCCCCCGGGCCCCCUUAUUUUGGGUAAAAAACAAAAAAAUCACAGAAGGAAGGAAAGCCGGCGGGGCAA